AUGGCCAUCCUUAGCUUAAGGGUAAAGAGCAGACAUAAAGACAAGUAUAGUGUGAAUCAUGGAAAAUACGCGGAAUUAGGUAUUUCUAAUCAGCUUACCGCAGUCUUAGCGAAGUUGUCUCAAGAACUGAAGAAGACAAAGAUUCUAAAAAGCGGAAGCGGAGCGGAUGAAAUUUAUACAGCAAAUGGCCAUACUUUGAUGCUCUCUUUCUGA